AUGUCUAGUAUUAUGCAAUUCAAUUAUAAACAACAUUGGCAAGAACGAGAUAUUAUUCUAGAAAGGCCAACGAGCGGAGAUACAUCAUUAGGAUUUACUAUUGCUGGUGGUAUUGAUAAACCUUUUCUUCAUCCUACGUUUACAUCUAUUAUUGUUAUAAAUAUAAGCAAAAAUAGUAUCGCACAUACAGAUGAAGGAUUAAAAUUAUAUGACAUAAUAUUGCGUGUCAAUAAUAUUGAUUUUACAAAUAUUAAGCAUCACGAAGCUAUUAAUGUCUUGAAAACAUCAGGACCAACAGUACGCUUGCUGAUACGUCGUCUCUCGCCAUCGAUUUGCGAAAAUAUUGAAAUAGAACAUAAUGGAAAAUUAGGCAUAUCCAUUACAGGUGGAAUUGGAAGCGAACAUUUUCAAAACGAUCAUGGGAUAUUUAUUACAAAUAUUAAAAAGCCUCAAGCUAAUCAAAAUUUACAUAAAGGUGAUCGAUUAUUAGAAAUUUCAUCAGAAGUAAGAUAA